AUGGUCUCAUGUUUAGAUCGUUCAGAACGUACAGGCUCUCCCUUCUGGAAAAGUAGAACGCCGUCAACCAACCACAGCCCUUCUAAUACGGUAGUCGGCGCUUCCUAUUCACACGCAAACAUCUUGAAGUUUGUCCCCGAGGGUGUUCCGUCACACUCUCGCCCUAGGACACCGCCGCGACAAGCUUCAGCAAACGCUCGACAUGCCACUCCUCCUUCUCGACCUGGGAUAUGGGUCACAUCUCCCCCGCGCGAGCCGUAUUCUGGGAUUCUGACCCAUGAAAAUGAAUCUUGGACUACCGACAAUGCGGACGAUGACGAGGUUGACGAAGAGAUCGUUUACGAUGAUGAAGAGGACGAAUUCGGGCUUCCUAGCAUUUCAAGCUUGCGGAAGAAGGAUCUUAAGAGGAAUAACUUCUUUCAGAGGAAAAGUAUCGAUCCUGGCGGGAAUAAUGAGCAGGAUACCUCAAGUCUUGGACUUGCGCUCGGUGCUGGUAGGCAUCGAGCGGACAGCUCGGAUAUUGCCGAGGAGCGCGGUGCGCCUAUGUAUCCGUUGGCCCGUACGGGGGAGGGGAAGAUUCUCAGGCCUCAAUAUAAAGAUAUUCUCCAAGAUCCAGUGAAUGCUUUGAACCUCAUCAGCCAUACUCCUCCCCCAGCGAAUGCAUCUUCCAAGGAGACAGAGAAUUAUUCGUCUCGCAUCUCUAGGAUCAAUAAGUUCAAGCGAAUUCUACAAUCCAGCAACAUCUCGUUGUCGGAAUUACGAGACUUGGCCUGGUCAGGAGUCCCCGAUGAAGUGCGAGCUAUGACCUGGCAAAUUCUCCUCGGAUAUCUGCCGACUAAUAGUGAAAGACGUAUCUCAACUCUCGAAAGAAAGCGCAAGGAGUAUCUGGAUGGCGUGAGGCAAGCGUUUGAACGCGGCAACGUUGCAAGCCCUGGACAGCAGAGUGCUUCUACCUCGGGACGUGCCAGAGGUCUCGAUGAAGCAGUGUGGCAUCAGAUUAGUAUUGACGUCCCACGCACAAAUCCACACAUAGAGUUAUAUGGUUAUGAGGCUACCCAGCGUUCAUUGGAGAGAAUCCUGUAUGUCUGGGCCAUCCGACAUCCAGCAAGUGGCUAUGUUCAAGGGAUAAACGAUCUCGUCACACCAUUCUGGCAAGUUUUCCUUGGUGUCUACAUUACAGAUCUAGACGUGGAAGAAGGAAUGGAUCCUGGUCAGCUACCCAAGUCUGUCCUGGAUGCAGUGGAGGCCGAUUCCUUCUGGUGUUUGACCAAGCUUCUUGAUGGCAUUCAAGAUAAUUACAUUUAUGCUCAGCCUGGCAUUCAUCGACAAGUCAACGCCCUCCGUGACUUGACAGUGCGCAUUGACUCUGCUCUUGCCAAGCAUUUGGAGGGCGAGGGUGUGGAAUUCAUGCAAUUUAGCUUUCGUUGGAUGAACUGUUUGCUUAUGCGAGAGAUGAGCAUAAAGAACACAAUAAGAAUGUGGGAUACAUAUAUGGCAGAGGAGCAGGGAUUCUCACGCUUCCAUCUUUAUGUUUGUGCCGCUUUCCUAGUCAAGUGGUCGGAGCAGUUAGUUAAGAUGGAUUUCCAGGAGGUCAUGAUGUUCUUGCAAGCCUUACCAACAAAGAAUUGGACCGAGAAAGACAUUGAGCUCUUGCUGAGUGAGGCCUUCAUUUGGCAGAGCUUAUUCCAAGAUUCGCGUGCUCAUCUGAGGUCCGCGGGCGACGUUUCCUCUGGGAACGGUACAGUAUAA